GAGAGAUGGAGCUAAAAGAAAACAAAGCCGAGCUGAAAAUAUAAUAAACAUAAGCAAAAGAAGAAGAAGAGGAAGGGAGAAAAAGAAAAAGAAAGAAAAAAACUCGGGAAAAUGGAAAAUGCACUCUAAAUAAACACAACACAUAUACAGAUUAUUAUUUUAUAUAUUAGUAUUUAAAAAAAAGAAAUAAGGGAAAGGAAAUAAAAGAAAAAGAAAAUCGAUAGAGGGAGCCAAAAAGAAUCGAUAGGGGGCUUCGAACAAUCCAACCCCUAACCCCGACACCAACCAACAACUGCUGUGGCGUUGGAUUUCUCUGUAAUUGCUGAAGCUAAGAGGUUAAGAGUUUGAUUUGCAUUGUAUAGUAUGCAAAUUGGUGGAUUUGGACUUAUUUGGUGUCGGAGAAAACUGUAAAUUGGGGGUGCAAACAGGUUUCGGUGGUUUUGUAGUUGUGUGAAUGGUGUAGGAAUCUGCUUAUUGAACAAUGCAACCUCAGCAGGGCUCCAGAAUUAAUUUAGGCGAAUUAAAAGCUCAGAUAGUGAAGAAGAUUGGGGCUGAGAGGUCAAAGAAGUAUUUUUAUAAUUUGAGUAGGUUUUUAAGUCAGAAACUCAGUAAAAGUGAGUUUGAUAAGUCAUGUUACCGCAUUCUUGGAAGGGAGAAUCUGCCACUGCAUAAUCAGUUGAUACGGUCAAUAUUGAAAAAUGUUUGUCAGGCUAAGACUCCACCACCAGUUCAUGAAGCAGGUCCCGCUAAAUCUUUGAUACAAAAUGUGAAAAGUUAUCCUGGUAGAGAUGAUGGACAUGAACCGACUGGAUCCCUUGUUCCCAACCUGAAUCCAAACAUGGCCAUUUCGUCAAAUGGGAUUUUGCCAGUGUCAUCCCUGCGAAAGGUUAGGUCUGGAGCACCGGAUAGAAAAGUCAGGGAUCGGCCCAGCCCACUGGGGCCAAAUGGAAAGGUUGAUAGUUUCUCACAUCAAUCCAUGGGAACUGAAGAGAAUGGCAAUAAAUUGGGUUUGGAGAAUGGGGAUUUGACACCAUACGAUUAUCAGCGACCAUUGCAGCAUCCUCAAGCAGUUGCCGAGCAGCCUGAAAUUGAAAGAGAAGGUUUGGUGCGUUCCACGGGAAAGCCAAGGGUGCUUAGCAAAGGUCAGACUGAAGGAGCCAUUGUUGAAGACGGGGAGGAGGUGGAGCAAUCCAACCACAUUGAUUUCUCUAGAAGUCCUUUGCUUGCGCCUCUUGGGAUUCCAUAUUGUUCAGCUAGUAUUGGUGGGGCCCACAAAUCACUGCCCGUGGCAAGCAGUGGCGACUUCAUUAGCUACUAUGACAGUGGUGGUUUGUAUGAUACUGAGACAUUGAAGAAACGAAUGGAGCAGAUCGCAGCAGUGCAGGGCCUUGGAGGGGUUUCAUUGGAAUGUGCUAGUAUGUUGAACAGCAUGUUGGAUGUAUACUUGAAGAAAUUGAUCGGAUCAUGUUUUGAUUUGGUUGGAUCAAGGUCUACACGUGAAUUGAGAAAGCAAUCUGCACACAAGCAGCAGCUUCAAGGCAAGGUUGUUAAUGGUUUGUGGCCAAGUAAUCACUUUCACAUGCAGAGUAGCUCUGGGCCCACUGAAGUUUUGCAAGAACAGGGGCAGAGAUGCUCAAUUUCUUUGCUUGAUUUCAAAGUGGCAAUGGAGUUGAAUCCCCAGCAGCUGGGUGAAGAUUGGUCAUUGCUGCUUGAAAAAAUAUGUAUGCAUUCGUUUGAAGAAUGAAUGCCCUAGAAAAUUUGUUUAUCAUGAAGCUCUUAUGAAAAUAUGUUGAUUCUGGUUCGAUGUGCUUGACAAAUGUUGAAGCUCCCAGUUCAUUCGCAUUUUUACCGAAAUGAACCAGAUUGCUCCCAUUCAUAUAAAGCUCUGGCCCUUGCAAAAUUAAAUUUUGGGUUUGAGUAUCGGGAUGCCUGUACCCUGCUGCAGAGCUGGGAUGGAUCACAAAAUUAUUUUUGAGCAACUGAGCUAAGGUGCUUGAAAAGGAAGUGCUUAUAGCUGGUUGCUCUGUUGUACUAUUAGCAUUGUUGUUGGCUGUCUUUACGGAUCUCAGUCUUGUAAUUUACAGCCAUUGAGGAGGAAAUCUGAGAAAGUUUUGCAGGGAUACGCCUUGUAGCUUGGUGAAAGGUAAAAUUACUUAUGGAAGAGCUGCAGCAUUGCUCUGUAUGUAAUUUAAAAUCUGAGAAUUGAUUGAGUUUCAAUAUUAAUAACAAAUCCAACAUCCAUUAAAUUGUC